CCGAUUGGUGCUCUCUUUAAAAAAGCAGGACUCGGCAACUGGGGAAGGACGAGAUGGCACGGUGGUUGUCCUCGCCGACCUACUCCGGCGGACCAGAAAUGUCGGUGGACGUAAGGAGUGGGGUGUCGGUCGUGAUGCCGGAAGAAGGGACUUGGACGGACCUGGAGCCGGCAUACCAAAUCGUGAUGCUGGUUGAAAGUGAUGCCUUCCUAUGGAUCGAAACAAUGUGGACCAAGGUUAGUUUGACGAGGUUAGCGCCAAGCCUGCUGGACUUAGAGUUUGGGGGGACGGUGGAGGCCCGAGGAUGGGUCUACUUGUCUAAGGAAAAAGAAAACGCCAUGAUUAUAGAGUUUGUCUUAGGAUUACUCCCGUACAAGUUGUUCAAGGAGGUUGAGCGGGAAGUGGUGUGGGCCGCGUGCCAGCGGGUGGAAAUGGUGAUGGAGGCGAUUGAUGUACGGGUGGAACUUGGGGAUAGAGGGAACGUACGAAAGCCGUUUAGGACCUUGAGGUGUGUCAUGCUGCCUUUCAUGGUGGACGCCGUCUUCGGAACCCGGAGCAGGCUGGUGCGGAUAUGUAGAUCCAUGGCAAGCCUGGGGCUAUACCAAGGGGUCCGGCAGGACUUCCUUCGUCUAUCUGUCGAGAAGGGGUCGUUCGAAGGGAAUUGGGCGAGGGAACUAGCCACGAUGCUAAACCAUCUUAGUAUGGACGGCCUGUUUGUCCCGAGCAACGUGCAUUGGAGGAUAGUAUAUAGGAAUGUCGCGAUAGGGGAGACGUUUCUGGAAGGGGUACAGGACUUGUGGGGAUCAAGGAUGGCAAGGGGACUACAACUAAGGGACUGCACGUUUAAAGGAUGGGAGCUGAGACGAAUCGAAGGGGGGGUAGAGAUGUCCAUACCAGCAGAUAAUGAAUGGAGAGGGACCACAUGUGACUGGGUUGGACUUGAGAUUGUGUCGGAAUUAUCAUACCUGUGGGUAGAGCGCGUCUGGAACCCUCUAAGAGAAGAGGAAGGAUGGGAAGAGAUUGCGGAAGGAAGGGUGGAAUCGGUCGGGACGGUCAUCCUCUCUGAGCAAGGGUGGCACUUAUUUUGCACAACGCUCGCGGCAGGACAAAGUCCGAUGUGGCUUCUGGGGGAUGCCGAGGCGAGGACUCGGAAGGCAGGCGAGAGGUUUGCCAACAAAAGCUGGGACGUGGUCCGUAGUAAGGUCGUAAUGGGGGGAUGGAAGGAGUUUAGGCCUCCCUGCCUGCGAACCAAGAUUUGGGUACCCGAGUUCACGGCGGACUGGUUUGGGGGCUUUGACCACGUCGCGGAGGUGGCCAGCACUAUGAGGCGGGUACACGUAAAUUGCGCAUGGCUGACGGAAGAAUUUUAUAAAACAUCGUUGAAAUCUGGGCCCUUCCACAGCGACAGAGCCCGGGAGGUCCUCAUCAUUUUGGAUAUGGACAGGAGCGACCGGCCAGAGGUAGCUCCAGAGAUCAGGGAAGCCAUAAUCCGCAGAGAGGUAGCAGCAACACCUUGCUAUGUGGAUGAUGUGUUCAAACUAUUCGAGUUCUCCGAAUUCGACAAGGAUAAGAUUUUGUCGGUCUAUCAACAGACCAGCAAGUUUGAGUAUACGAGGGACGUAGACUUCAGUACGGUAACAGACCUCGCGGAGAAGACGGUGGUAACCGAGACGUUAGCCUUGUUCAAGGAGGGAGAGGUCAUAGACUUGACUGGAAAGACGAGAGACAAGGUGAAGAAGGGAAUAGAAGGUCUGCACGAACGGGUGCACGGAGUCGAUAAUAAGAUAGAAAGAGUGGAAAAUGCACUAUUGGUAAUGCAGGCGCAAGUUUCCCGCCCCGCCCUCCCGCCCCAAGAGGCCGUAGUUCCGGCAGCAGUAGCCAACCGAGGAUACGACAGAAAAGAUCCGGCCAAUGAGCAGUGCCGAUAUUGCACAAUGAUCAGUCACUUUGUGCGGACGUGCCCAAGACUCAACCAUGAUAUUAUGAGACAGAGAUGCAGCAGGUCCCUUGAAGGCAAAAUUUUCGGGCCCCAGGGGGAGCGAAUAAACUGGAAUUCGCCAGGCGGGAUGCGGCGUGCCGUCAUCUUCCUGAGUAACCUGGAUAUAGCCGUCGUAGAAGCCGAGCAGGUAGCCGACAUUGUUUGGGACCAGCAGCGGGGGCGUGGAGCACAAGUCAAUUUCAUCCUAGAAGGAUAUGACCAACUGCCGCUCGAUGCCAGGGAUAGACCAUACACCGCCAUGCACACCCCUGUAGGGCAGCUGCAAAUGCAAGUGACCCCUAUGGGUUUUACAAACGCUGUGGCAGAAGCACAAAGGAGGAUGCUUGCGGUAGCUGGGGACAUGUUCCCGAAAAAAUGCGAGCCGUAUGUAGACGACAAUCCCAUAAAAGGCGCGCAGAACAAAGACGAGACGGAGGUCCAGCCGGGGGUUCGAAAGUUCGUCUGGGAUCACCUACAGGAUAUCAAGGACCUACUCCAGCGGUUCCAGGUAUAUAACAUCACCGCAAGCGGAUCAAAGAGCAUCUUGGCGGUCCCAGACUUGACCAUACAAGGGUUUCGCUGUGGGGCCUAUGGGAGGAAGCCGGACCCGACAAAGACGGACAAGAUCUCUCAAUGGCCAACACCCUUGCGCACCACAACGGAAGUACGAACCUUCCUAGGGAUGGUUGGAUUCUGGAGGAUCUUUAUCAAAGGUUUUGCCAAAAUAGCCAAGCCCAUCCGUGUGAUGAUUAGGAAUGGAGGAACUAUGGAAUGGACCGAGGAUAGGGAAGCAACGGUUCAGACCCUCAAAGACAUCCUGUCCUCCGAUCAAGUCACCUUGGCAACGCCCUGCUUCAACGACAAGAUGGGACGACCCUUUAUCCUGGAAAACGAUGGAGGACCAUUGGCGGUAGGAGGAGUCCUGAUACAAAGGAGCGAGGAGGGCAGAGAAAGGCUUUAUCAGAUUCGAGAGUAUAUCUUGGAUGCAAAAGACAACCUCAGUGGUUACGUAGAGGCAGUGGCGCUUAAAAGAAAGACGGGGAAGGGAGUGGCCGACUGGAUAGAAGACUUCUACCUAAGACACCCCUUCAUUCGAAGGUUCAUAACGGAUAAUGGGACGGAGUUCGUAAACUACGAAGUGUUAAGCAGGCUUAAGAUGCUGUGUGUACCUAUCAAGAUCAUCGAGCCAUAUCAUUCUGAGGCCAAUGCACCUGUAGAAAAGGGGCACCGGACCUUGAAAAACACAAUUGCUAAGUUGGCAGCAGAUGACCUCAGGAACUGGCCUCGGUACCUUAAGCAGGCGAUCUUCUUAGAGAACAUGAUGCCGAAAAGGACGACGGGAUGCAUUCCGGUAGAACUCUGGUAUGGAAGGGAGAUUGAUUUCCCGGUGGAACCAUUGGUACCCACCUGGAACAGGCUAGAUGACAAUCCGCAUAUGUCUACGGAGGAACUAAUCACCGCACGAUGCCAACAGGUCCUUAGAAAUGAGGAAGCCUUGGAGGAUGUUGUUAAGCGUGUGAUGGAUAGCCGAAUGAGGGACAAAGCAAGGUGGGACCAGGUCAAAAACAUCCGGAAGGAGCUGCUCCAGGUGGGGGAAAUAGUACUAGUUAGGAACUCGGAUCUUGAAAGCAUGUGGUCUGGGCAGCUGGGAAGAAGGUUCAAAGGCCCCUACCGGGUCGCUAAGUGGGUGGGGCUGAAUACCUUUGAACUUGAGGAUCUUGAUGGUACUGGGUUAAAAGGGUCAUUCCCGGGACAAAGGGAGCCGACUUCUUCGGAGAAGAAGCACGAGCGACAGAAGACGGUGCGAGAAGAGGUGGCGGAACAAACCCGACGCAUGAAGAGGAUGGAAGGAUACUCAGAGCCGAUGAUUGGCGGGGAUGAAGGUGACGUCGGAGAACGUGCCUCGGGAAAGAGGACGUCAGGGAUGCGUGGCGGACAAGAACAAGGAGUCAAAAAGAACCAGUCGAAGCAAGAGGGUGCAACAACAAGUAAGAACGCGAAGAGGCCCGACGGUUUGACCAUCCACGAAGGAAAAGCUAUGGGUGAGGGAGAUUCAGCUCGUCUAGGCAUUGCCGCCGCGAGAGAACCUUCGGAGAAAUCUAAAAGGAAACUGGCAGCUGAAGAAGGCGAUGGCCAGAAGAAACCUCGGAGGAGGAAGACUGCUGAGGGGACGAGUGGUGGUGAAAGGGCAGUCGGUAGGCAGUACGACGAAGUGGCAACGUUUUGGCUCGAAUACGAGCGGCACGAUGAUGGUGAGAUCGUGGAGAAGGAACUCCCCAUUCAACAGCUCAUCGACCCCAGGAAGGUCUGCGACAUCCCGCUGUGGGAAAGAUAUUACAAUCACCGCAGACUCCACAGUCUCACUCGCGAUGGUGCGGAGGACAUCAAGGGUGUGAUGCUAAGGCAGUUCCACGAGGAAAAGGGGAAGAUCUGGACGAAAAACCCUUUCGUAGUGGCACCCAUCUACAAGCCGGUGACGCAUAAGACGGAGAGAGCUCAGAGGGUUCACAAGGAUGUCUUUAAGCCAGAGGACAAGGACAAGUACUUCUAUUACCCUGUCAAUGGACAACACACUGUGGCUGCUGUGAAGGAGUUGGCCGGUGAGCCAAUAUUCGAAUUGUGGAAGAUGCACUCGUGGCCGGCGAGAGUCGUGUGGUUCUCCGACGAAGACUUUGGGGGGUAUUUGCAGAGUCCGAACGACGCUCACUGGAUGAUGGCACGYAAAGCGACAACGCUCGCCGACAAGGACCACAUCGCUGUCAUUGGCAAUGCAUCGAGGCAAUGGAUGCCGCUCGUGACGACCGGUGAUGAGGUUUUUCACAAAGGCAUGGAGUUCUACGAUAAAUGGGCCGAGGGAAAGUUGUUGGGCGGAGACGGGAAGACGCCCUUGUCGAAGCCGGGCAAAUACAUGCCAGCCAAAUCUCCGGGUCUUCAAGCGAUUCCGGAAAUGGGCGCGAAAGGGGCGGCUGGUGAAACGAGGAUCGGGUGGCUGGUCCGGGUCCCGCCGCCUCUGACCAAAAAGAAAACGCAAUCGGACGAUUUGUUUUUCAUCGUCGUGAAGGAGCCAGACAUGUUAUGUUGGCAGUCUCUCGCUGACAUGACCGAUGCAGAAAACAUGUCGAUCCUCGACGACAUUCUCGCGCCGAGGGGAGUGUUCGUGCAAUCGGCGGGCGGGCAUCCAAAACGUCAACAUAAGCCUGGAAUUAAAGACAUGGUCGCGAUGAGGAAAGUGGACCGCAUGAUGCUCCGCAUGUUUCACUACAUCUUGUUCCUUGAAUCCGAGGAGGACGCAGAGGUUUGGCGGUAUGGGAGCCAGUUUUUUCGGACCGAGGAGCAACUUCUGGCGGAGUUCGCGCCGCAGGGCCUCACGAAACAGGUGUGGGUCGAACUGCAGAAGCAUUUCCACGGCGCGGUGGAGUACGUGAACACUUGCAAACAUUGUCUUCCGUACGAGAAGGGGUCCCUCGACGAAACGAAGAAAAUGUACGAUGAUGAGAGAUUCCCUAAAUCUUUCGAGAAGUCCGUCCGCUCCAUCUUGCGACGAACGGAGGAAGAAGUGCAAGACAUGAUCAGGGUCAGCGAGGAUGUGAGACAAAUUAAAUGGUACAAGAUCAACCGGGUGACCAGCCUUAUUCCUUUCAGUUGUCCAGCUUCCCAGGCUCACACUCGUCUCACUGAGAUCCGCGAGAUUGUGCGACAUUACGUGUGCAACUUGUACGUCCUCGAUUUUUGUGAUCCCACACUCCUCUCAAAUUGGCAAGAAGACGAUUUCGCCUCCUUGCAAGACGUUCUCCAAACCCUAUCGCCAAGGCACUGGGCACUUGUCGUCUUCUUCCCCUUUCGUUGGGAGCUCAGUUUCUUGAAAGGCAUGGCCAAGCUUAGCGUUCAUAACGUCAGGACAGGGAAGUGGGUGCGCCAUGCACAAAGGAAGGCCACUGUUUGGGAAGGCGAUAUGCUGGUCGAGGAGUAUGAUCGUCUGUACGUGGUUUUCAAUGACGAGAACCUGGCAGACAACACGGUCGCAGUCUUCCCGGCCAGCAGUCCAUCGAAGCCUCCUCGUGCUAAUGCUCCAAGUCCGGCGAAACCCGCGGUGGCGGCCCGCUCGAAAGUUGCCUGUUCAUCCGACCCGUCAGGACAUGGUCUGUUUCGACGUGGCAGACGAGGACAAGUUCCCUCGUAGCCAGCAGGAGGACGGCUGCGUGACAAGUGUUCGAGGAGCUACUUACGGGGACAGGGAGCGCAACCUGGCUCAUCUAAUUGGUCUGCUCGAUAACUUUUGCAGA